AUGGUCCACCUGCUGGCCUCCGAAGUCCGCCAGCUGCUCCACAACAAGUUCGUGGUCAUCCUGGGGGACUCCGUGCAGAGGGCCGUGUACAAGGACCUGGUUCUCCUGCUGCAGAAGGAUUGCCUGCUCACUCCUAGCCAGCUCAGGGCCAAGGGGGAGGUGAGCUUCGAACAGGAUGAGCUGAUGGAGGGAGGCCCCUUGCACAAUGGCACCAGCUACCGCGAGGUCCGCCAGUUCCGCUCGGGCCACCAUCUGGUGCGCUUCUACUUCCUCACACGCGUGUACUCCGAGUACCUCGAGAGCAUCUUGCAGCAGCUGCACUCGGGCGAGGACGCCCCCGACCUGGUCAUCAUGAACUCCUGCCUCUGGGACCUCUCCAGGUACGGUCAGGACUCCUGGAGGAGCUACCGGAAGAACCUGGAGAGCCUGUUUGGGCGCCUGGGCCAGGUGCUGCCUGAAUCUUGCCUCCUGGUGUGGAACACGGCCACGCCUGUAGGCGACAAAAUCACCGCAAGUUUCCUGCCGUGUAAACGGGAGCCCUGGGUCCCCUUCCUGAAAUUCGCCGUGGUGGAAGCCAACUUCUACAGCUCUGCGGAGGCGAAGAAACACCACUUUGAUGUGCUGGACUUGCAUUUCCACUUACGCCACGCGACGUGCCACCGGCACACGGACGGCGUGCACUGGAAUGAAUACGCGCACCGCCACAUCUCCCAGCUGCUGCUGGCCCACGUGGCCGACGCCUGGGGCGUGGAGCUGCCCCAUCGCCUCACUGUGAGCAAGUGGAUCCAGAAUGGCCCUGCCAGGGAACCACCUGGACAGGGAGUUGAGAGGCAGCCCUGGGGCGACAGAGAUCAACUGGCCUCCCCACUGUCCCCACCCAUGCCUCCUCCCAGGCGUGGCCCCCUACUGCCGUUCCCACGCCUGCCCCCGCCCCCACUGGCCUUCCCACCGUCCCCACCUGCGCCUCCUCCCAGGCGUGGCCCCCUGCUCCCGCCCCCGCCCCCACAGCCUCAUCCUGUUCCCCUUCACCAGGUGACGCCUCAGUUCCCGCUCUGUUCUCAAGAUGCCUAUUUUUCCUCGGACCAUAUUUACCAGUCAGAUCAAUUCUUUUUCCAUUCGGACGUCCCCUCAGGACUUUCCUCCGAAGCUGACUUUAUGUUAGGUCCCCAGCCGCCUGUCCCCUGCUUAUCCACAUCCUGGUAUCAACAGCGGGCCCCUGUGGUCCAUAGGGGUUUUCCUCGGUCUCGUCCCCGUGGCCCAUAUGUACCCUGGGGACGGCGGGGCAGGCCUUCGAAGAGACGGCCCCCAGCCCUCCCAGAGUCAAGGCCUCAAUAG